CUUUAAUUUCUUCAAUAAUUGGAUUAUAACAUGCUUUUUACAUUAGACAGUCGCGCGUUUCUCAUUUCCACUCGUUUUCACUGCGUGUUUCGCGUGUUUUCCCCGUGUUCUGAACUGUUUUCGGUUCGUGUGGCUAGGCUAGCUAACCGCUCUCCGGCGUUCAUGAGACCCACGAAUUGUCCGGUCCACCUUAAAAACUUGAAGCAGUUCAAGUGCAGCCCGGCACGAGCACAGCGUUUUUCAGCACUCCAGUUCACUGUUUUUCUAAGGUGGACUGAGGAAUUCUGUUAAGUUAAAUACUACGGAGUCGAGCUGCUCCACAGGCGGAUACUGAGGCCCACAGGCCUUCGCUUACCCGUGCUGACGUGUUUCUGACUGGAGUUUAAUCCGAGUUAGUUAACAGUUUACACCGUGUCUGUAUCCAGUAAGAUUAGCAAAAUCUUCUCAACAAAACUGCUGAGUAAUCCACUGACACCGCGCUAAAAUAGCGUUAGCUUGUCAGAAUCUAAAACAACAUAACGAACGCUAGCUAAUCUAGGCUAACGCUAGUUACCUAUUAGCGAGCUAGUAACGUUAGCAUUGCUAGCUAACUAUCUACCCUGGCUAAAUUUAUUUUUUUUCUUGUAAGUUACAUUUUUAGAAAAAUAAGUUAAGUUACAACCAAGGACAUUUUAGUUAAAAGUACAGUAGUAUCUAGUUCACAGUGACAACUCAAGUAACUUAUACUCAGGAAAAUAAUACAAUUUGAGUGUAUAUCCCUAGCUACAUAUAUAUUUUUUUAUUUAGUACAUUUUACAAAACAUCACAAUGCAAACAAAGUCACCCAAGAUAAUUAAAAAACAAACAUCCAAAAAGGUUUAUACAAGAUAAACAAAACUUUUAUACUGACAACACAUCUCGUUCGUCAACCAGCAAAUUUAAUAAUUUCAUGUAACGUUACUUGAUAUUGGACACAGGCAGUUAAGAGGCUCAAGAAAUACAUUAAAAAAUUUUGUUGUUUUUACCUAAAUUUAAUUUGUCCAGAUAGAGUUUCUCAAAAAGAUCUGCAGAUUCAAAGUAACGUUAAAGUUUACAUUAAAGACCCUAUAGUUAAAACAAAAAAUAACAUAUUUACAUUUUACAUUUUAAAUCUACCCUGAAAUAAAAAAAAAUCGAUUACGACUAUGAAUUUUUGCAUAACAACUCAUGUUUUUUUAUUCAACUAGCUUUAAUAUUAACAUGGUGCAAACAUAGCUAACAUUUCUUGUAUUUUAGUUAAAGAAGUGUUACACACGGUUAUUCCUUUUUUGAAAAUCGUGUGUAACUACAUAUUUGUGAGAGAGAGUCUAAUCCUGGAUAACUCUUGCACAGAAAUCAAUUUAUCUAUCUAGUUAAUUGAAUCUAUAUAACAUGUUAUGCAGUCUUCUGCAAAAGCUUGAGCACCCCUGGUCAAAAUGCAUUAUUUUUUUAUUGUGUGUUUGCACUCUACACACUUCUGCACAGUUUAAUUGGUUAUUGAUGGUUAUUGUGGUUUUCUGGUAUGUUUGACAAAAAAUGACAGAAAAAAGACCUAAUGUAGAUUGUUUGUUCUCUGUAGUAAUAUUUGUUUAGUUUGAAAAUGAACAAAAAAUGAUUUCCACUGGGGUGCCUAAACAUUUGCAUUGUACUGUAUAUAGCUAGCUAAUUAGGCUAUAUACAAAGGUGGGUAUUAAGGAAUGCUGUUUCCUUUAUUGAGUUUAAAUUUUAGCGUUUAAAUACAUUUAUACAGUAGGUUAGCACUGUGGAUUUAUUUUAUUGUAUCAUGAAGAAUUGUUAUUGUGCUACACCAUACACUUUGUUAAUGUAGUAAGUAUGGAAAAGUAAAUAAAUACAAUUAUUAAGAAUUAGUUGCUCCUGAUUAAUUAAAACGUGAUGUUAAAAUGAAGCAAUACACACUGUACAUGGAUUGUACAUCCAUAUCACUUGCUAUCCUAUUAUAAUAUAUUGAGCUCGCCUUACUUCUUAGCUUUAGCAUUUUAUUGUGCACCAAUAAGGAAGAUAAAAACGCUGUUUACAAUAAAUUUAAAUUCCAGACAUGAUAGAAGUUUCACUGCCUUUUUAUUCCAGCAUGCUACAUUUGAUCUAUUAUUUAGUUUAACCAAGGAAGCAAUACUUUGUGGUAUUAGCUUAUAUUUACCCACCUUUGUAUAUACCUAAUACAGAUAGAAAGAAAGACCUUAAAAGUUAUAGGGCGAUUAGUCUUAUUUGCCAUUUUAUUUAUUGGUGUGAUCAGGUUUGUUAGACAGUUGAAUCCAGAUCGCUCAACAAAACUUUUUUAAUAUGCCUUUCACAACUAUACUCUCUACCCAGGAGCAAAAAAUAUCGGCGGUAAAGAUGGUUAAGAUCUUUGUUGGCAACCUUACAUCAGAUACAACUAAGGAAGACCUGCACAGUCUUUUCUCGCCGUACGGCAGAAUCAAAGAGUGUGAUGUGCUGCGGAAUUUCGGCUUUGUGCACAUGGAUGAUAAGGAGGCGGCAUCGGAGGCUGUUCGUAAGCUCCACCAUGAAAUGCUGAACGGGCAGGCCAUUAAUGUGGAGCUGAGUCGAGGGAAACCCAGAGGAACUACCAAGCUGCAUGUAAGCCACAUCAGCAAUGACUGCACGAAUCAGGAGCUGCGGGAGAAGUUUGAAGAGUUUGGUCCUGUGGCGGAGUGUGACAUUGUUAAGGAUUAUGCCUUUGUACACAUGGAGCGAAGGGAAGAUGCCAUGGAAGCCAUCAGUGCUCUGGACAACUCUACCUUUCAAGGCAAGGUGAUAAACGUGCAACUGUCCACCAGUCGCCUUCGCACGGUGCCGGGCAUGGGAGACAUGAACGGCUGUUACGUCUGCGGGGAAUCCGGUCACUGGUCCAAAGACUGCAGGCGUGGUCAGAACGGUAGCUAUGGGGGCGGCCCUGUGGGAGGAGGAUUCCAUGAUGGCAGGGGUUACUCUGGAGCAGAACAUGGUUAUGGUCGGGGAGGCCCAGAAAUGUAUCCUGCUAGAAGCUAUCCAGCAGUAAUGUCUGCUGGCCCAGCAGUGAGCCACCAGCCCACCUACGGUAUUUCACGUGAUUAUGGUUCUGAUGUCCGGGAUAGGUACCUCAGCAAGCCAGUGAGUGCCUACCUGGAGAGGUCCUCAGUCUAUGAGCGUGACCCCUACAGUGCCAUUGAUUACUAUGAGAAGUACCGUACUCGGGCCUCCGCCUCUAGCUAUUAUGAGGAUAGACGGCUCGCCAUCCCCCCUCCUCCCCCUCCCUCUUCUUCCUCUCUCUCAAGGAUGCGGUUGGCUGCUUCCAGCCUUGACCCCUACGACCGCCACUCACUGUCAACUGCCAUGCCAUCUGCAGCCUCAUCAUACUACUCGCGGGACCGUAGCCCAAUCAGAAGAGUCGGCGCUGGCUCUGACGGCUACUCGUACGAGCGCUCGCGUCUUUCCCCGGUCUCAAGGAGCAGCUCGUAUGCCGUGUUGCGGGCCAGGGACCCUCCUUCCACUGAGCGGGCGCGAUAUGCUUACUAAGCCACACACAUGCCAAGGUACGCUGAAUAAGAAGGAUGUUUCCUUUGCGAUCAUUCCUUUCACCUUGCUUCGAUCAAAAGAAAAAAAAAUGGAGAAUGCAGGACUGGAUAUAAAAGAUGGUGGACUGAGAAAACACAUGGUUUUGUUAUUAUUUGUCAGUGCUCAGCCUGUUUUAACAUGUUUAAGUUGAUCAAAUAGUAUCAGAAUUGUCAACAUUCUGUCUUUUUGUACAUUACACAACAUGAUAUCAUACAGUUUAUUACUGAUUAGCUUGUGUUGGUACACAAAACAGCCUGUGUAAUAAAGCACAAUGUUUAGCAGGUUCAUGUUCAUUUAAAUCUUGCGUGUUUGCUUUUCAGUUUGCAGAGGCCAGCUUAUAUUUUAGCUUUCAAAUAUGUUUAGAAGCAUAGCCACGUAUGUAAGCUUUGCAACUUAUCAUUUGUUUGCUUUAACCCUUAUGUGAUCUACCACAGAGUCACAUUAGUUUUUUUUUGUCUGUUUUUUGGGGUCCUGAUGCACUGUUUUUAUCUUAAUUUCUUGAUUUAUUUUUUAGAAAGCAUUACAUGUCUUGUGAGGACAAUCUCUUCAUCUGGGAAUAUAUAUAUUGGGUUGAUUUUAUUUCUCAUGCCUGUGAUGUUUCAAAAGCUGUAUGACAGAAAAAAUGUAACAUAAAAUGAACAUUCCUUUUAUCUUACUUUUUCUCUCACACCUCUCACUGGCACAUUUACUGAUCUGAACUUCAGGUGGCAGUCUACCUUCUCCUUUUUCUCACCUGCAAACAAGAUGUUUGUUCAUCUGUGCUAAUGUGACUAACCUGCUGUUACUUUCAGCUUAAUGGAACAGGAUUUUUAGCUUUUCAAAUAUACAGCAAAACCCAAAUUGGGUCAUACAAUUUAAAGCGUCAAAACAGAAUUAUUUCGUCAGUAGUACACAGCUUAUUUCCUACCUAAUGGUGGCUUUAAAGAAUGUGCAAGUCAGUGCUUACUUGUUCUACAAACCAGUGUUCAUGGACUUGGCUGAGGUCAUACUGAGGUUUGGGGAAUAGAAGUCAAUGUAUAGCUGUACAUAAGCAAUAGAAAUGUGAUGACCAAUUAUUGCUCAGGGCUCAGUUCACCUUUUAAGAUCGGUGGUGUGGUGUAACUUUAUAGGUGCCUUGAUAAGUAUGGUGAAACUGUUUAUAAAUUAGAUUUCCUUCAGAGGUAGUGUGUUUUAUGAAAUCUUUUGUAAUAAACCAAAUUAUUUUUGGGUGGAA